UGGCAUUUGAAGAGAACUAAACAAGAUCAUUCAAUUUCUUUCACAGGAUCAUCUGGACAGUGUACCACUCUAUGAUGGAUCCUUCCAAAUAUGACUAUCGUGAAAACUUUGAUAAAGUCCAUGGAAUUUUAAUGUAUAAAGAUUUUGUCAAAUAUUGGGAUGAUGUGGAAACAUUCCAGGCAAGACCAGAUGAUAUUGUCAUUGUCACCUAUCCUAGAUCUGGUACUACGUGGGCUAGUGAAAUUAUAUACCUGAUCUGUAAAGAUGGUGAUGUGGAAAAGUGCAAUGAAGAUGUAAUUUUUAAUCGAAUACCUUUCCUGGAAUGCAGAAAAGAAACGUUUUUGAAUGGAGUAAAACAAUUAAAUGAGAUGGCAUCUCCUAGAAUAUUGAAGACUCAUCUGCCACGUGAACUUCUUCCAGCCUCGUUUUGGGAAAAAAACUGUAAGAUUGUCUACAUUUGCCGAAAUGCCAAGGAUGUGGCCGUUUCUAAUUAUUAUUUCUUUCAAAUGAUAAAUUCUUAUCCAGAUCCUGGAUCUUUUCCAGAGUUUGUGGAGGAAUUCAUGCAUGGAGAAGUCCCUUACGGCUCCUGGUUUAAACAUGUAAUAUCUUGGUGGGAAGAGAGAAACAAUCCACAUGUGCUGUUUAUUUUGUAUGAAGACAUGAAAGAGGAUAUCAGAAAAGAGGUGGUAAAAUUGAUACGGUUCCUGGGGAGGAAGCCAUCAGAGGAGCUUGUGGAAAAAAUCGUACAACACACUUUAUUCCAGGAGAUGAAAAACAAUCCAUGUACCAAUUAUACAACAGUACCAGACGAAAUCAUAAAUCAAAAAGUGACACCCUUCAUAAGAAAGGGGAUUACAGGAGACUGGAAGAAUCACUUUACAGUAGCCUUGAAUGAGAGAUUUGAUGUUCACUAUGAGCAGCAAAUGAACAAGUGUACAUUGAAGUUUAGAACUGAGAUCUAAGAGUUUUCUUUUCUCACAUAUACCUAAAAUUUUAAAUUUCUUCUCAUCAUUCUUCACUUUAAAAAUUUUAGAUUGGGAGAGAAGGAGUCAUGUGAAGGAUAAUGGGUCAGGUCCACAUAUUAUUUCAUAUAUUCAUAUAAAGGACUUUUUUCUGUAUUGUCUUUUAAAUUUUAUUUCUUUUUCUUUUU